UUUAUUAGCAACGCAAAGACUCUUCGCAGAGCAAAUAUAACAGUAUAGCCACUCCGUGCAGCCUCUGUCAGUCACUCGUCGCCUCUCAGUACUCCGGAGUAUCACCUCUUCUCAUUAAUGCUGCACAGAUUUCGCGGAUUGAAGAAUCACACUCGUUAAACCGCUAUGGAUACUUACUCCUACCAUCUACACAUAAGAAAACUUCCCAUUAAUAUAUCGUUUUGUUUGUAGUUUUUCAGUGUCAUUUUGACAAUCAUUAGAAUUCCUUUCAUGCUCAUUUUACUUCGUUGGAAGACGCGGAAACAUCACAUCACAUAGGUUUCUGCCACUUUAUAUCUUUCCUAGUGCAUUUUCCAAAUGCAGACGCGGUCGAUAUUCUUAGGAUUUUUGGUGGAGGUCCAUUCUUCUUACCACAGCGCCAAGGAAAUGUUCAGUACUCGAAAUCGACGACAGGACUAGAUGUGGAAAAGAUCCUAUGCCAUGGGAGGCUCCUUAGUUUGGGAUGGGCGCCUGUCAUGUUUCCUUUUCCAUGCCUCUGUUCUCCUGCUGCUCAGCAAGGGGGAGAGGGUGUGCCCACUGAGUUGUCGUUGUGAAGGCAAGAUUGUUUACUGCGAGUCUGGUGCCUUGAAAGACAUCCCAGAAAACAUCUCCCUAGGGUGUCAAGGUCUAUCCCUGCGAUAUAAUAGCCUUCUGAUGCUGCAGCCAUACCAAUUUGCCAACCUUAAUCAACUGGUUUGGCUUUACGUAGACCAUAACUCCAUCAGUAAGAUAGACAGCUUUGCCUUCCAGGGGCUGCGCAGACUUAAAGAGUUGAUUCUGAGUUCCAAUAAGAUAAUGCAAUUGCAGAACAGCACUUUCUAUGCUGUACCAAACCUGCGCAACCUUGAUCUGUCAGACAAUCAGCUUCAAGCUCUGAAGCCAGGGCAUUUCCAUGGACUGCGGAAGCUUCAGAACCUUUAUCUCCGAUCCAACAGCAUUAAAUCCAUUCCUACAAGAACAUUUCUGGAGUGUCGUAGCCUCGAAUUCCUGGAUUUGGGCUACAACCGGUUGCGUGCUCUGGGGCGCGCAACAUUUCUGGGGCUGCUCAAGCUGACAGAGUUGCAUCUGGAGCAUAACCAGUUUUCCAAGAUCAACUUUUUCCUUUUCCCACGCCUCUCAAAUCUGCAGGCAUUGUAUCUACAAUGGAACCGCAUACGAACAGUGAAUCAGGGAUCGCCAUGGGAUUGGCAUACCUUGCAAAAACUGGAUCUUUCAGGCAAUGAGAUUCAGGUCUUGGAUCCUGAUGUUUUUAGAUGUUUACCCAACUUGCAGACACUCAAUCUGGAGUCUAACAAGCUUAGCAAUGUUUCCCAGGAGGUUGUGUCACACUGGCUUUCUGUCAGUACCAUCAAUCUGGCAGGAAACAUAUGGGACUGCAGUUCUACCAUCUGCCCUUUAGUGUCCUGGCUAAAGAACUUCAGAGGCAGUAGAGAUGCCACCAUUAUAUGCAGUAGUCCCAAAUCACUUCAAGGAGAGAGGGUAAUGAGUGCUGUGCAGAACAGCUUGAUAUGUGAAGAGCUAUUCACUGUAGAGCCAACUACAGAACUUACUGCACUCCUGACCACAACUACCACAACUUCAUAUACCACAAAACCUUCCACAAUCUCAACCACUACUGCAACCACAGCCCCCACUACAACCAGACAAUCUCCCCAUGUUACCAUCAUGCAAAGACUUACCCCAAAGGCUUUAUUUCCUGGUCUCUCUGAUAAUGGUGCUUUGCCUUUACCUUCUGUGACUCCCAGCAGCCUACCCUUUACCCCAGAGCCAGAAUUUGAGUACAUGACCUUUCACAAGAUAAUUGCUGGUAGUGUGGCACUCUUUCUGUCUGUGUCACUUAUCCUUUUAGUGAUCUACGUGUCAUGGCGACGGUAUCCCAACAGUAUGAGGCAACUCCAACAGCAUUCGAUCCGACAGAAGCGCAGGAAAAAAGCACGGCAGGCUGAGCAUAACAUCAGUUCUCAACUUCAGGAGUAUUAUCUGAGUUACAACCAUGCCAGUGCAGAAACCAUGGAUACACUGGUCAACGGGGUGUGCACAUGCACCAUCUCAGGCUCCAGAGAGUGCGAGGUAUGA